GAAUGUCCCGAUUUGAUUGGCUUUUCUUGUCCAGCAACCGCUAACCGCAUGGGGUAUCAUAUCAAUUGAGAACCAUCCAUUUCUUGGGUCCCCAAAAAAUCUCUAGCUCGUGUGAGAGAUACGAGAGAGAGAGGACGAGAGCGAGAGAGCAACGCCAAUAAAUUCGACUUCCUUCUCCUCCUCCUCUUCCAUUGCCGCUGGCCCUCGUCGAAGUAAUACUCCUCAACCUCGCGCCGACCAUGAGCGUCGCACGUCCGGCUCGCAACCUCCUCGGUAGGUGCAUCGCCUCAUCUCGAACCACUUCAGUUACCGUCCCUCUCGUACCAUGCAGCCAAUUCCACAGCACACCAACAAGGUCGAAGCGAAAGUCUCGGUUUCGAAAUGUCACGGCCCAAGAGCUAGGUCUGAUCAAGGAGUCGGGUGAAUUCACGGCGGGCAUGGACAAGUACAAGCAGGACAAGUUUGCCGACCUGUCCAAGCAGGAUAUCGAGAACCUCAAGGCCUCUUACACACCAGAGCAGCUUGAGGCUAUUGAGUUAGGCGAGAAAGCCGUCAGCCCUGAAGAUAUGAUCAUUCAGGGUCGGUUACGUGACGAUCCCUAUAAGCCAACAUAUAUCGAGGAUUAUACCGUGCUGGACCCCCGCUACGAUAUCAAGCCGGAGAUCGAAGGCAACCCGAGAGAGGUACAAUGGCCUGACAAGAGCGAAUGGAUCGACAAUUACGGACAAAAAAUGAUGAAGAUCACUGACAAGAAGACGAGCGAUCAACUUACCCGAGCCAUGGUUCGUGCACUGCGGCGUGUGAAGGAGAGCCAGGGAGAGGACUUGAUAGAUCUCACUGAGGAUGAGCUCAAGGACAUUGAAAAGGACCCCGAGCUAAUCAAACGCUACAUCAUCGCCGAGGAUGGCCCUGAGCCCACUGCAAACGAUAAGGGCCCUGAAUUCAUGACUCGCUCCCAGGCCGAGAAGUUGGAUGAGGCUGUUGACGAGGCAUGGGAGGCCGAACUCGACAAGAUUGUUGGUUUUAGCAGUCAGGGUGAGGUCGAGCCCUCAAACCUUGAGCUGAUUCAGGAUGGCCCCGCGGGCGUUGAUCGGACUUACACGGCUGAGGCACCUGAUCUUGGUAAGGUCCCUGGUGUCAAAGGCUUGUACAAGCACGCCGUUGACCCCGAGGAUCAGGGCCAGGAUGACUCGGGCAAGUACCAGGAGAUCAAGCGCCUGACAGGCAUGAGCCUCAAGGACAUUCGCUCGCUGCUGACCAAAGGUCUUGUGACUCGUUGGGUCUCCAACCAAACUCGUUUGGGCAAGGUCCGCAGUACCUCUGUGGUUGCCAUCGCUGGCAACGGCAAUGGCCGUCUAGGACUUGGAAUGGCAAAGUCUACUGAGGCCGGUGUGGCUGAGGAGACAGCUCAGAUGUUGGCUAUCCGCAACAUGAAACCUGUCCGACGAUAUGAGAAUCGUACCAUCUAUGGUAAUGUGUCUGCUAAGAUUUCAGGCACUGUAGUCGAGCUGAUGGCCCGUCCUCCCGGCUUCGGACUUCGCUGCCCUCACCGUAUCUUCGAGAUGUGCCGCGCCGCCGGUAUCCACGACAUCGCUGCUCGCAUGCCCCGAUCCAAGAACCCCAUGAACUCUGUCAAGGCGGCGUACCAAGCGCUGACCAACCAGCCUGACCCCGAGCAGAUCGCGAUAGGCCGUGGCAAGAAGCUGGUGGAUGUGCGCAAGGUCUACUAUGGAGGAGCUGUAUACUAAACCCACUCUCACACAAAGCACCUGUAUCACCAAAGGAAAAAAUGUGUAUCUGUAGCCUGUAAUAGAGAAAUCUUUCUGUGAUGCCCUCGGCAUGGUAGAAAUGGUAGAGAUAGUGGUGUAUCGUCACUUGAUAUCAAAUGUCUGUCGUAUUGCCAUGUG